AUGUCUCAAGUCGAGCAAGAAGUCACACUCGAGACCAGAGGCCACAUCGCCAUCAUCACCCUCAACCUGCCAAAGAAGUUGAAUGCACUCAAUGGAGACCACUACUUCCGCCUCGCCAAACUAAUGAAGGAGAUUGCCGUCAUGGAUAAUAUCUACAUCACCGUCUUGACAGGAAAAGGCCGUUACUUUUCCGCCGGCGCUGACGUCUCCAUCUCCAAAGCACCACCAAAGGACACUGACACCGAACGUCACUACCUCCAAGGCUUUGUCGCACAAAACCUGCACAUCACCCACGCCUUCUACACCCACCCCAAGAUUCUGAUUGCGGCCUUGAACGGUCCCGCUGUAGGCCUCUCGGCCGCUUUGACCGGCUUCGCAGAUUUCGUUUACGCUGCUCCUCACACUUUCAUCCUCACUCCCUUCAGCAGUUUGGGUUUGGUGACCGAAGGAGGUUCCUCCAGGGCAUUUGUAUCGCGAUUGGGAAUUGCAAAGGCAAACGAGGCUUUGAUCAUGAGUAAGCGCUUGACGUGUGAGGAGUUGGUGUCAGUGGGAUAUGUGAACGGAGUCAUGGACGUCAAGCCAGGUGAGAGCGACAAGUUCUUGGACUUGGUGCUCAAGGAGGUGGAUGAUAGGCUUGGCAAGCAUUUGAUCCCUGAGAGUCUGUUGGGUAUCAAGAAGUUGAUCAGACGACCUGAGAGGGAGAUGUUGGAUGCGCAGGGUGUCGCUGAGGUGUUUGGUGGGUUGGAUCGAUUCGUUAGCGGUGUGCCGCAAGAGCAGUUUAGAAAGAUUGCUUCGGGCGAGAAGAAGCAUAAGCUGUAG